AUGAUGUUUCAAUGGGUUUGUUGGCCUCUGGCACUAGGUGCCUUGCUCGAGCUAGCUGCAGCAAACGUGGGCAGCGAUAGUCCCGAGCUGUCUUUGUCCCCACCCGCAUGCUGGGUGUAUACUGACAUGAACAAGGCUGGGGGCACGAGCAUCAGGAGAAUGAUCAAGGAUUAUGCCGCUGCAACAAACACCACGGUUGGAGAGUUCACCCAUACACAAUACAACGCCGGCGACAGAGGAGUGCAACAAAUUCUUGACAGGAGGCCGAGUCUGAUUUGGGGCGCGUACACCGAGGGUCUGCGGCCGUAUGCCACUGUUCUAGGGUGCAAAUGGUUCACCAUGGUUCGACACCCCAUCGCUCGACUCGUGUCGGCCUUCAACUACUGCGGCAUAGUGCCUUCGGACCAACUUUGCGCGACGAGAAUUCACAAGCCGGAAGACGGUGACAUCUACGACUUCGCCGAGCAUUGGGGCAACCAUGGUGUUGUACAGUUCGCGCUCGCUUUCGAAGAUCUGAACGACAUUCUCGUUACUGAAGUAAAAUCGCCUCCUUGGUACAAGGCAAAAUUGUACUUCGAAGGCCGGCUUGGACCGUCGGGGAAGACGUCGACUUCAGCAAAUAUUUCGACAAAAGACGUGUGUCAAAAUGUGUGGAUGCCGGAAAUUCUCCAGCCAGUUGAGGAACUGCUGAGAUCGAAAUAUGCCGCGGUUGGGAUUUUGGAGCAAUGGGAAACGAGCAUGAUGCUUUUCGACCACGCCUUGCAGCUACCUGGUUUCAAUUGGACAUCUACCUCAGCUUCUUCAACGCCAAGAAACGUGCACGACAGCAAGGCCAAGAAUGAUCUUCUGGUCGCUUCAAUGACGGACCCGGUUUUGAAGCAGAUUCUGUGGCUAGAUAUACUCUUGUACGAGCAUGCCUGCAGCGUGCACAAGGCACAGCUCAGCAGAUACGGCCUAGCGUAG